AUGUUCCAAGUUCAGUAAAAUGGCCUUUUGAAAAUUUCAAUUUUAAUUAAGAAUUUAAUGGAUUUAUUUAUACGAAGAAAAUUGCUUUCGUACGCGUAUAGAUAUAAUUUUUCGCCAAGAAUUUUAUAUGAUUCUAUUUCAGGUGGAAUGAUAUAUUACGUCUGUUGCAACUACAAAUUAAUCCUUCAACUAUAUAAAUCUUCCCAAAUACAAAUAAUAAUUUUCUAAUUUCCUAAUCACAGACUGCUCGAUCCUGCCAGGCAAUUAAUUCUUGGUGACCUGUGUCACGCUUGUUUAAAGCAACGAGCUCCAAGAUUCGUAGAACAAGGUAAUUCUCGACUAAUCUGUCGGUUGGAUUUCAUUGCAGGAGAGAAGCCGUACAAGUGCAGCUGGGAGGGUUGCGAGUGGCGAUUCGCGCGUUCCGACGAGCUGACGCGCCACUACCGCAAGCACACCGGCGCGAAGCCGUUCAAGUGUAGGCACUGCGACCGAUGCUUCUCUCGCAGCGAUCACCUAGCCCUCCACAUGAAGAGACACGUGUAA